AUGGUAGUUACGUGUCAGGAGAAUAUUGAGGUUCAGCAGGAACUUGCGCAAAAGUAUCGAGAAGAAAUUGGGCGGAGAAUAUGGACGCUUACGGAGAAGAAUCUUCAGCUCCUUCAAGGUAUUUUGGUUUUCUUGGCAUGGUACCAAACUCACUGGGUGCUUGGUCACCAACUCAGCAACCUCAUGUACACGGCCAUGUCACUAGUCACAGAGCUCGGGCUAGACAAAGAGCCUUCAUCCGGCACCAGGACUGCACCUGGGGUUUUGACUGAAAUCACAAAGAAGCAAGAGCCUCAGUCUGUUAGAACAAAUGAUGAGAGGAGAUGCCACUUGGGAGUCUUUUGGUUGAAUUCAUUACUAAGAAUUUGUGUCAAAGACAUUGUACCGAUGCCCUCACGUCCCUCCAUCAACAACAGCUACUCAAUUCUCGAAGCGGGACUGGAAUCUCCCUGGGACACUUAUCUUGUUCAACUGGUGAAGAUACAACUCGUUGCAAGUUCUAUCAGCGCAACGCUGUACCAAGACUUGGAAAGAAACGAGGCACAGAUCUCGCAUACGCUAUUUAUGGCAACCUCACAUGUGGAGAGACAGGUACAAGACCUCGGAGCGACUCUGCAUCAAGGAUCCCGUCUUCAAGCACCAUUGACCAUGUCAUUCCACAUGCUCCAAGUCUACCUCUACAAGAUCGGCAUCGACGAACGCCUCCACGAACCCACAAACCCAACCCUCCUCUCCUCCUCCGACCCCUCCCCCCACGCCCUCCGCUGCUCCUAUCUCCUCGUAUCAUGCCUCAACGCCGUCAAAGCCGUAAUCGAAAACUUCCUCCUCCUCACAUCCCCCACCAUCCUCUCCAUGCCGUACACCUACUGGAUCCAGAUGGGACACUGCAUAAACAUGUUUUCCCGAUUGUUGGUUACACACUCCACCCUCUGGGAUCCGAACCUCGUCACGGGCAUACACGAUUUCACAUCGACGCUGGAGCGGCUGGCGGUCAAGAUUGAGGGGGCUAUGAGUGAGGGGGCGGGCAUGACGCCACCGAGAUACUUGCCGUCUAUGUUUAAUCAGAUGAGGGGCAAGUUGAUUGAUAUUUGUGGCAAGGUUGGGGAGAGCUCGAAGGCUAUGGCGCAGGGAUAUGUUGGGACGCCGACGGCGCCGGAGAGUUUUGAUACGGGGAAUAUGAUUAUGGAUGAAGAGACUGAGGCUUUGUUGUUUAGUUUUCUGGGCGACGGAGACUUCUUAUGA